UGUGGAGAAAAGCCUCCAGGGAGAGCUGUGCCGCCCUCCAACCUUCGCCCCUGCCCUCGACUUUUUCUCACAGCUCAAAAUGGCCGCUGGUGUGGAUUUUGGAGAUCUAGAAUUAUUUGAGGCGUUUGACCCUCAAGAGGAGUCAACCCCGAAGCCAGUUCACACCCGCUUCAAGGACGACGACGACGAGGAGGAGGACGCCGAAGAGAACGGGGUGGGGGACGCGGAGCUACAGGAGCAGCUUCGGCACUGUGAGGAAACCAUCAAGCAACUCCGCGCCGAGAAUCAAGAACUUAAAAGAAAAUUGAACAUUCUGACAAGACCCAGUGGCGUACUGGUGAGCAAUACUAAGAUAGAUGGACCCUUAUUACAAAUUCUAUUUAUGAACAAUGCUAUUUCAAAACAAUACCACCAAGAAAUAGAGGAGUUUGUAUCAAAUUUAGUAAAGCGAUUUGAGGAGCAGCAAAAAAAUGAUGUGGAAAAGACUUCCUUCAGCCUUUUACCCCAGCCAUCCAGUGUUAUGUUGGAAGAGGACCAUAAAGUAGAAGAAUCAUGUGCCAUUAAAAGCAACAAGGAAGCUUUCAGUGUUGUAGGAAGUGUCCUGUAUUUUACUAAUUUUUGCCUUGAUAAAUUGGGGCAACCGCUACUAAAUGAAAACCCUCAGCUUACGGAAGGAUGGGAAAUACCCAAGUACCAGCAAGUCUUCAGCCACAUUGUUUCUCUAGAAGGGCAAGAAAUGCAAGUAAAGGCAAAAAGGCCAAGGCCUCAUUGUUUCAAUUGUGGUUCUGAAGAGCAUCAGAUGAAGGAGUGCCCAAUGCCCCGGAAUGCUGCUCGAAUAAGUGAAAAGAGAAAAGAGUAUAUGGAUGCCUGUGGUGAGGCGAACAAUCAGAGUUUCCAGCAGCGGUACCAUGCAGAAGAAGUAGAAGAGAGAUUUGGACGAUUCAAGCCAGGAGUUAUUAGUGAGGAACUUCAGGAUGCACUGGGUGUGUCGGACAAGAGUCUUCCCCCUUUCAUCUACCGCAUGCGCCAGCUGGGCUACCCUCCAGGCUGGCUCAAGGAGGCUGAACUGGAGACUUCAGGGCUUGCACUCUAUGAUGGAAAUGAAGAUGAUGCUGAUGGAGAAACAGAAACUGGAGAAAUACAGAAUAAAAAUGUCACUUAUGAUCUGUCAAAAUUGGUAAACUAUCCUGGUUUUAAUAUAUCUACUCCCAGAGGUAUUCCAGAUGAAUGGAGAAUAUUCGGUUCCAUACCAAUGCAGGCAUGUCAACAGAAGGAUGUGUUCGCCAGUUACCUUACUUCUAACAUCCAGUCGCCGAGCCUGAAGUCUGGCAGCAAGCGAUCUUCUUCUCAGUCCAGCCCUAAUAGUCCAAAGAAGCAGAGGAAGGAAGGCAGCUCAGCAGCCUCCCCUGCUGACAUGGACAUUGACUCAGAUACGGAGGUUCCACAUGGUUCUCAGAGCCGCAAAGCCGUUCAGUUUCAACCACCACUGCCUCCUGGCACACCUCCUCCGCUGCCACAGGGAACACCUCCACCUCUCUUUACUCCUCCACUCCCUAAGGGCACCCCACCACUGACUCCCAGUGACUCACCCCAGACCCGACCCACAGCUUCAGCCAUGGACGAGGACACCCUGACACUGGAGGAGCUUGAAGAGCAGCAGAGGCAGAUCUGGGCAGCUCUGCAGCAGGCCGAGGGAGGCAACAGUGACUCUGAUGUUCCUGUGGACACACCUUUAACUGGGAAUUCUGUUGCCUCCUCCCCUUGUCCAAAUGAGUUUGACCUCUCUGUUCCAGAAGGAAAGGCCCUGGAAAAGCCAGUGCUGACUGGCCCCCAGGGACCAACCACUUCUGCAGAAACAACUGGACCUGAGCCUCCCUCCAGCCCAGCAGCAGGGGCAUCAGUGCUCUGUCAGAAAGAAGAGGGAGAAGAUACAGAGGGGGACCCUGAAGAUGCUCUUGACAAUGGCAGUGUGUCGAACUGUGACGUGAGGAAUGGAGGCAGCCAGAAGCUCCUUCAUCUGGGCACCCACCCCUCAGCAGCUUCAAAAACCCACAGCCUGGUCCCUGACAUGAGCAAGUUUGCCGCUGGAAUAACACCCUUCGAAUUUGAGAACAUGGCAGAGUCCACUGGAAUGUACCUCAGGAUAAGAAGCCUGCUAAAGAAUUCACCCCGAAAUCAACAGAAGAACAAAAAGGCCUCUGAGUGAGCGUUUGCCACAGCAUCACCUGCUGCAGGACAGUCUGCAGCUCUGUGUUGUUCUAGUGGACUGAGAUGGCCAUUGAAAUCACUUCCCGUGUGCCCCUCCCACCUUUCAGAAUCUGCCCAUGGUUUAUUGUGAUCUCAGCUCUAGCCUGUUUCACAGAAUGAAAGACUAGGCGUGAGUUUGCUGUUUACUCUCACUGACAACAGCCAAGUGGUGUGUUCAUGAGCUGCUUCAGAGGUGGUUGGUUCGGGUUGAGGAGUUGUGGAUCGUGAGUAUCUGUCCAGAGUGAAGGUUUUUUGUUUUUUUUUUUUUUAUUUUUAAUGUCUUUUGUAAAUGUUUUCCCUUUCUACAUUUUGCUAUUAUCCUGUAUAUAGAAACUUAAUAUAUCACUUUUUAAAAGAAAUUCUAACAACUUUAAAUUCACAUUUCAAUUCCAACAACCAAAUGAGAACAAUCAGGGAUGAGCAGCUUUAUCCUGCUUGGGGUAUUUUUGUAAGAUUUUCAUGCAUGAAUUUUAAUAACACUUUUACUUUUUGUAAUUAUUUGAAUCCAGUAAAGGUGUGCUCACCUUUGUGUACAGAGGUUUAAUAAAUUAGUUUUCUUACACAUGAGCCAAGACUUUGGGAGAUGUGACUCACAGUUAAAUUGUUCUUUUAAACUUAGAUGAAAAUUAUGUGUUUACAAAGAAACUGCAUGCUUGGCUGCUUUAUAUAAGUGGGCCCCAACCUUACAUAUAAUAUAGAAACAAAAGUGUUUAAUUAUUUUGGAAUGGAGGUCAGUUAGCCUUUGUACAAGAUAAUACUGUGCAUUCAAGCCGUAAGGUAAUAGACAGACACAAACUGAGUGUGAGUGUCUACUACGCAAGCAGGAACCGGAUCUGGUUCUCUCAGGAACCCGUGGAGAUCUUGAAUUACCACUCAUGUAGUGUUGUUGCUCUGCUCCCAGGCCAACAGAGGGCGAAAGGGAAUCAUUCUGGACUCAGUGUUCGUCUCUGAGAACUUGGGUAGUCCAAUUCACUGAUUGUAAGCAGUAAAGGAAGGAUGCUCACAAGAAAGGGUGAAUGAGGCCAUGCUGGAAUAAUAUGUUGAGUGCUUUGAGCUUUUUUGUUACCCGAGUUUUCAGUGAAUUCUUCCCAGGGGUUUAUGUGGCAUUGUGACCAGUAAGAGUGUCAGCCUUUCUAUCGGACCUGCCCCAAGGAAGAAGAUGAGGGGUCUUGUCAACAUUGAAUGUGUUUUCCUGCUCUCCUUUCUUUUCUUUUAAAGUAGGAGCUUGCUGUAUAGUCCAGGCUGGCCUUAUUCACCGCCUCCCUGCUACUAACUGCCUUACUGCUGGGAUUACAGGCAAGAUGACAUAGCUCUUUACAAAAAUAAAAAACCACAUUUACUGGGGCAGAGGGGACCUUCCUUGGCAUGCAUAUGGGGUUGGAAGACAGUGGUUGGGGGCCCGUGUUCUCUUCCCACAACUGUUUGUCUUCAUCAAGCAUGGCUGACAAGCACCUUGACCUGAUGAUCCAGUUCACCAGCCUGAUCUUCCUAACUCCUGAUUAAAGGUGUGCACCACCCCCCUCGGUUGCCCGGGAUCCAGCCCAGAGCCUGUGUUUGUGCUAGGCAAGCGCCCUACCGACCACACUGCUUCCCCAGCCCUAGUGACAUGACUCUUGACUGGUCAGACUGCCACUAGGCUAAACUGAUUUCUGAGUCAUAAAUGACUGUUUAUUCCAGUGCAGUGGCUCAUGCCUGGAAUCCUAGCACUUGGGAGGGAGGCUGGAGGAUCAGGACCAGCCUUGGUUACAUAGCAAAUUAAGUUAGCCUAAGCUACAACAUGACAUGAGAUCCUGCCUCAGAAAACAAAAGUUAAGUAUUCCUUUAACUAUUGUAUUACUGGCAUCCUCCUGCAUUGAGAUAGCUCAAUAAUUAUUCCUAGCCCAUAAAUACCCCAUUAAAGUAUGGCUUACUCCAUUUUCACUUCGUUGAGUAGGUAUUGUCUUUUUUUUUAUUUUUAAUAAAUGUCUAAGACAUAGAUGGUAAGCAACCUGAUUGUAAAUAAAUUCAGAUCUCUUGCCUCU